AUGGAUGAACCAAAAAUUAUAGCUCUUAUGGAAUACCUUUCGUCAAGUGACAGUGAAGAAGAUAUUGAAAUCAUUGAACACAUAUUAUCAAAAAAAAAAAAUAUAAUUCCGAAGAUAAAUAAUUAUAUAACGGAUGUUGUUCAUGCGUAUACAGAUCCACAGUUUAAAGGCAGCUUUCGAAUGGAGAGGUGUACAGCAUACUACGUAGUCAAAAUGUUCGAGGAGUCAAUUUUUUUUCCAAAAAACAAUUUAAGUGAUCCUACCAUCACAUCUGAAAAUCAUAUUCUCUCAUUUAUAUGGUUUUCAGCAAAUAAAUGUAGCUUACGUGAUGUUUCUGAAAGAUUUGGAAUUGGAUUAACUACUCAGUUCCGAAUAAACAACCGAGUUAUGGACUUUCUUGUUAGUAUUUCAUCUAAAUUUAUUAACUUCAAUGAGGGAAGCGUUGGUUUAUCACAAGAGUUUCAAAAAGUGUCUGGGAUGCCUGGAGUUAUAGGUUGUAUUGAUGGGUCAUCAAUACCAAUACGGAUUCCCGCUCAUAAAAUAAGUAUUAUAUUGUAA